AUUUAUAGUAAAAAAGUCACGGAUUGAUAAACAAAAGGAAAAUGAAGAAAACUUUACUGAAGAAGAAGAACAAGGAAAUAACAAUGAGCCUAAAAAGAGCAAAAGAACGAGAAAGUUCAGAAUUGAGUGGCUUCAAAAGUUCCCGUGGCUGGAAAACAAAAAUGGUCUCGCAGACGCCAGUUGUUUUUCUCAUGUACAAAAUAUGGAAGCCAAAAAGAGUCAAUUAUCGAUGGAGAAAUUUUUGGAUACCGAAAAAGAGCAGAUGAGCAAAAAGCUGAAUGUUGCCCGGACUCUGAAGUGACCAAACGUUUGCAAAUUGCCAGAACUAAAGCAACAAACAUAA